AUGUUGAUUGAGGCGGAAUCCUUGGCUCAUCUGGAGGAACUUCAGCAGGCUACUCCCCAGGCUCGUGAGCAACCUGAACGUGCUGAAGAGCUACAGGAGACCAUCCCUGUCACUGCACGCAUUGUCCAGAUGUACCAGAAAGGUGAACUUGAUUCGGCGGUUGCAAUGCAACUCCUUGGAGGGGCAUUGAACUCCAAGCAGGAAGAGAAUGCUUUGAAAGCAAAGCUUCGUCGACUUUGUGAAGUCAAGAGUGGUGGUAGAUUGCAAGUGCCGCAGCAGCUCCAGAUCCAGCUGUCCUUGAAAAAGAAGUCGGUCACCAAGAACGACAAGUCCAUCAGUGACAUUGCUGUAGGCUCAAUUGCACAUGAAGCCAGUCUCAUCCCAGCAGUGUGGCGCUUGACCAAAGUGAUGUCAGCCUGUCAGGAUGAUGGGCCAGCUGAGUUGGAGGACGUGCGCUUGGGGACGCUUGACCGGGCUGUUCAGCGUGACCAAGCCCUACAGGGUUCUGCAGUGCUUGCAACGAGUGAGGGGCUUUGGCCAGUGCUUGCUGGCUGUGGUCUUCAUGACUAUGAUGGGGCUUGUCAGAAUUGGUUAGAGUUUUGGCAGUUGUACCGCAAGGUCCAUCCAACCUUUGGUCUAUUUGACCGGGACGAUGUGGACUUGAGUAGAACCGCAGCAUUUGUGUUGCAUGGUGAUGAGGGGCGCGCCCUGAAAAAGGGUGCAAUGCUUGUGACUUCACUUCAAUCUGCACUUGGGCGGGGCUAUGAUCAGAAGCGGGUUAACCAUGCAGGCACAUCACGGGAUUUGAAGGUCAACUUUGCUGGUCAUUCGUUCACGACCAGAUGGAUUGUACAUACAAUUCCAAAGUCUGCUUAUGAUGGCAACCCGGAGCUGUUCAACAGUGCGAUGGAACACACAGCCAAAUCUUGCCGGAAACUGCUAGAGCAAGGUUAUGUGGAUGUGGCGCGAGGUCAUGAGACCUUCAGGGUGGUCAUCCUGGGGGUGAAGGGUGAUGCACCCUACCUUUCGAAGGUUGGACGUUUUUACCGCGCUUACAACACAACUGCCAAGAGGGGUGAAGAGCGUGGUGCACCAAAAGGAGUUUGCCCGUAUUGCCUUGCAGGUACUCGAAUGUAUCCAGCUGAAGAGCUUUCCACAGCUGAUCCAACGUGGCUCAGCACUGUGGCAGUGAAGUUGCUAUGGACUCGGUGCCCAGCAGUCAUCAAGCACCUUUUGCAUGACACUGAGGACCCGGCAGACUUCUUCAAGAGUGAUGUAUGGCACAUUUGUCAUCUUGGCAUUGGCAAAUCUUGGAUAUGCAGUGUUCUUCAACUCAUGAUGCCUUUUAUGCCUUGUCCGAACUUGGAGGCAAAAUUUGACUUCAUGACAACGGAAUAUCUUGCAUGGUGCUGUUCGAAGAAGGAGCAGGCCCACAUUAGUCGAAUCAGCUCGUACUUGAUUUCCUACAAUGAUGCCACUGGUGCCAUGGGUCAUUGGCACAAGGGUGCCCUUACAAGCAAUUUCAUGUUGUGGCUGGUGGAUUUUUUGGGAACACUUCCUCGUGAUCCAGAUGGUUACUCCAUGAAGUGUCGUGCUGUGACAUACAGAAUGAACGCCAUGUUUUCUGUGCUUUACAGAAGUGGAGCUUUUUUGACAGAGGAGCAGGCUGCUUUUGUUGCGACGCAGGGCUUGGCUUUCCUGGAUUGCUAUGCCACUAUGGCAGCUGCAAUGUUCAAUGCUGGGAGGCAGCACCUUUACCCUCUUUACCCGAAGCUACAUAUGUUUCACCAUAUCAUGAUCACUGUGCAGCGGCAGGGGUCCACAGCAAAAGUUGCUGUGAACCCCACAAUGUGGGGGUGUCAAAUGGAUGAGGACACGGUUGGGAGAGCUUCCCGGUUAAGCCGCCGUGUGAACAUCCGCCUGGUAGCACAAAGAUCCCUUGAAAGGUAUCUCGUUGCAGCAUUUACAGCUUUUACCAAGGCUGGCCUCUUGGGGUGA